AAAAAAAAGAAAAUGAUGAGUGAGAAAGUGGGUAGAGAGAGAGGGAUUGAGAUUUUUUUUGCACAUGGUUAACAAUGGUCUAAGUACAACGCAACGAUCACACAGAACCAUGGUGGUUCAGGAAAUCUACGUACGUGUUGCCACCGAGAAUCCUUGUAGUGUCACCUAAUUCUCGUGUGAUCUCCACGUGGUAAGAUGUAAAUUCAAACAAACAAAAAAUAUUCAACCAAAACAAAUUCAAAACGUAGUGCCAAUGUUAUAGAAAAAGCUUGACCUCUACUUGGUUAAUGAGAGGUGCCUCGAAAACCGAUUCACUUCUUUAUAGAAGCCUUUGUCUUUACACCCGAACUUUGAAAAAGUUUUGGAUGAGAGCUUUUGAGAAAUAGUUUAAUAUUUUGUUAUAUUUGAACCGAUUCAAAAGCGAUAUAAUUUUCCCAUUCAAGUCCCCAUACAUUAAAAAAUGCACAAUUCUGAUCCAACCAAUCUUGUUCUAGUCCAAUUUUAAACAGGUGCAUACACUUUAUUAACAUGGGGUGUGUAAAAUUAGUAUACACAUCGUUACGUGCACAUUAAAAUUGAGACGUAGCCCGGCAUACACGUCUACAUGUGAUUUUUAUUGUACCAUGAGUUCUUGGCGGUUACUCCGUAUGAUUAAUUUUAUUUAAAAAUAUUUCCCCUAAAAAGAAACACAAUUUUAAUCGGGUCAAAUAUAUUACGGUCAAGGCAGUAAACGACGUCGUCGACCACUCUCACGAGUCUCGUCUCAUCGAGUCAUUAAACGCAAUUGAGUCAAUGACCUAGAGUAACUACAUAAUUUCCCGCGCAAAUCCAACACUCCGGCUGCCGAAACUCCAAAAUCACCCUCUCUAUCUCUCACAGUUAUCAAUUCCUUCCAUUUCCCCAAGCUUCGAUGCAUUCAUCCAUUAAUGGCGUCGCAGAAGAACCUUCGGCCAUGGAUUUAGACGAUGAGCAGCUUGAAUUCCAAGCAAUUGCAGAAAACAAGCACGAAGAUCAAGACGAAAUCGAUCCAUUCAUCAAAUUCAUCAAUUACGCAAGCUCGAUUAUCUCUCCUCAACCGGACGAUGUAGACGAAGAUGGAGAGCCGUCUUCUGAUACGGAGGAGAGAGAAAGAGAAGGGCCUGGGUGGAGUUGGAUAGCUUCUCGUGUACUCAAGACCUGUAUUUCUUAUUCCAGUGGAGUUACUUCCGCUAUUCUCCUCUCUGAGCUCUCUCAGGCGUGGAAUGAACAGAGGAAGACCAACGCGCCUAGGAAGAGGCCAGAUUGCAUCAAUCAACUGAAGAAGAAGCACAAGAGAGUGAAGCUGCCGAGUACUGUCACAAUAGAUACUAUAUACGAGAAGAACUUUUUGUCACUGAAUAGUGUUUUAGAAGCUGUGGUUGUUGACACCUUUGUUCUGCCAGGCACUAACAUCAACAUGAUUACUUUGGGUGAUUUUUGGAGCUCAAAUACCAUUGAUCUUUAUCUCCAUAGAAGAUAUUAUGAUCUGGUAUCUCUUCAUAAUGGGAUUUUAAGGAAAGGAAGGGAAGUCUUUCUCACGGGGUGCUAUCUUCGGAGUGCUAAUGAAGGAUCUGGCCAUCCUCGACUUUUGCCAACAGAAUAUCUGGUGAUACUGUUGGAUGAGGAGCAAGACGAUGAUGCCAUGCUACUGGGAGCUCAAUUUUGUACAGACUCAUUUUCCUCUAUUUCCCUGGAUGGUGCAAAUGAAGGGGUAUCUUAUUCAUUAUACGCCAGGAUUGAUUCCAUAGGUUCUCUGGAUAUUCUGGAGAAGUUUGGAGGUAUACAGAGGAAGCAAAUUAGGUUAAUUGAUAAUGAUUGCUCUGAGAUGGAUUUCCUUCUAUGGGGUGAUCAAGUUGUGCUGGCUAAUCUCUUUAGUGUUGGAAGUAUGCUUGCAAUUGAUAGACCAUUCAUUACAAGUUCUUCGGUGACUGAUGUUGAGACAUGUGGAAAUGUUUGUCUUGAAUAUGGUAGUGGAACUCAGUUAUAUCUAGUUCCAUUUGUACGGCAAGGGGAACAGGUAUGUCUAGGAUUGACACCAAAUCGACUACGAGGAUCGAAGCUUGCAACAGCUUCCUGUCCUACUCAAGGCCCUAAAGCCUCCCAAAUGACUCUGCCAUGUGAUCCUCAAGGCUCUGUCGAUUUUAGUAAUUAUCCUAUCCAGUCUUAUAUAAUUGAUCUGCAUGAGAAGAUGACUGGAAUAAGCAUCUACGGUGCAGCUAUGGACAUCUUCCGAGAAGCAAAUACUGCAAAACCAAUCUUUAAUUUGAAAAUUCAAGAUCCAACCGGAGCUAUAUGCGUAAAGCUGCAUUUUAUUGAAUCUUGGUCUUUGGGGAGAUUAAGCCUUGGUCACACUGUGUACAUUUCUGGUUUGACAUGCACCAUGACAAAACAUAAGCGUCUAGAAGCACUAUGGUUUGAGAAUGGUCCUGGAACUUCCUUUGUCAACCUUAGUUGUUUGCCUGCAGUCCUGAACUCACCUUGUCUCCACAAGCCAUCCUUCCUUGCUGACAUAUCAAGGCAUAAAUCUGGUACACAUCAGAUUUGCAGAGUGUGGCUUGACCAAAUUGAACACUGUCAUGUUAACACAAGGUUAGCACAUGUUUCUUGUGGUCAUUUUGUCAAGACAACCACAUCUGGUUAUGUGGAAUGCGAAUUUUGUUGCUGCAGCUGUGAGACGAAAACAAGACGCACUUUCCAUGUAAAGAUAACUUUGGCGGAUGAGACUGGUAAAGUCUUUGCAUGGUGUACUGGUCAAACUGCUAUUGAACUACUGCAGAUAUCUCCAGAUGAGUUCUAUGAAUUACCUGAGGAGGAACAAGUUAUGUACCCAUGUUCGCUUGAAAAUGAACAAUACAUGGUAGCAAUUGUGAACUGUGGGCAGCAGGAAACCGUCUUCAAAGAGUGUGUGACUGCAGAAAAUGAUGCGAUCCCUUGGGAGAUUACCCGUGCCCUUAAAUUAUGAAAUUACAACCUUUAACUGUAUAUUCAUCAGCAUAAGCUCUGAAACUUUUCAUUGAAUCUUAUAUCCAUUGCUCACAAAUAUCUGAAGGCAUUCAGUAAAUAUAAUAUUCGUAGAAGCAAUGAGAUGAUAGCAUGUAUUUGUAUCCAGAAUUUUACUAUAAAUGCAAAAUUUGUAUGGUAAGCCAAUGAUUCAUAUGUAUGGCAGCUCUA